UGGUUGACGAUGAUAAAAUGAGACAAAACCUGCAGGGUUGCAAAAGAUUCAAUUUACACCGCAAAUGUACAAGGAAAAAUUAAAGUUCAAACUUAAUUAUUUUAAAAGACCCUAAGUGUUGGCAUUUGAUAAAAUCCACCAAAAUCCUUGUAAACCACCAUACCUGCUCACAAGGUACAUCAAUUUCAACUGAUUAAAUUUAUUUCAUUGUUUCAAAGGGGACCAUUACAUUACAGCAACGGCAUACUCAGUUGUCUUGAAACAGCACUGAAACUGCGAAGUGUGUUUUUGGUCCAACGUAAUAACACCAAAAUGGAUGAGAAGCAGGGACCAACUUCUGAUGAUGUCCCAACUGGGGAGGUAACGUCAACCACAGUUACAGAGGGUGAUGUUGUCAAGAUGCCAACAGAUGUGGCCAUCACUAUGGAUGCCAUUCCCAAUGAAGAUGAGGAGGACAAAUCCAAAGGUCUUGACCCACAAGAUAACCAUUGCGCCAGCUCCUCCGACGUUCCGGUGACUGGGGCUGCCACAACGGAUCCUUAUCACUAUCUGACGCAACAGCACUUCACCUCAGAGAUCUUCAAGAUUGAGAUCCAAAACCUCCCAAGACAAUUUGGAUUUGCGCUGCCAAGAAGAUAAGGAGGAGGCAUUGAAAGUACUCAACGGACACAAAUGGAAAGGACAAGUGCUCAAAGCCAAGGUUCACAUUCCCGCAGUGACUCUCCGUAGCUUGCCAAGCCAGUUGAGGACCCGGACACUAAGAGCCUCGCUCUGAAGAGAAGCCAAGAGGAAUCUGAUGGAAAUACCCAAGAAACUAAGAGGAGGAAGGAGGAGGACAGCUUACCAGUAGAAGAGAGGUUAAACAACACGGUGACUCCACUGUGGAACCAGCCGUAUGAGGACCAGCUAUCCACCAGACAGACCAACACCAGGGAGUUUCUGAGGAAUUUAUCCAAGAUGCUGCAACAGAACAUUGGGGAGAUGUCUCCGUGGCUGAAGCAACAAAGGUGAGCUACCCGCCAAAGACAUGGGAUGGUUGUGGGCCAGAAUGGAAAUGUAAUCUCCCUUGACAAAAUGUUUCCAGACAUAGUUCUCUGGCCAGUGGACUUACAUACUGUACAGCUGCCCUGAAUAUUGUUAAAGCCCCAGAAGAUGUUUUA